UAUUUUGUUUAUAUAAUUUAAUAAUAUUGGUGUACUAAAAACAAUAAAAAUACACUAGUUUGACAGCAAAUUGUUAAAUUUGUAAAUUUCAUCAAAGUUAGCCAUAUGGUGUGUUGAUCAAGCCCUUAUCAGCUCAAAAUCUAUUUGGAAUGAUAAUAGGCUACCUGUUAACGGGAUUUGUAUCAGUGAACCGUCUUACCUCGCCGUCGUUUACUUGAAGUUUCCGUAUUUUGCCUCGACAACUUAAUUACAAGUUGUUGGAAAUGUCAUCGCCCGAAAAGAAGUUUGAUCUUGACUAUUUGCAUGUUAAAUUAUCUGCAGUUUAUGAAAAGUCCCCUAGACUUGAUAUGGAUUCUUACAUCAAUGCUUAUACAGAAUUUAACAAGUUUUUUGGUUUAAUGGGCACAGUUUUUGGUUUUGUGUCCUCCGAUGUGACAAGCAAGCUUGAAAUAUUACAGGCUUUCAGGCAAGGCCCCAAUGGUCAACAUUUUGAAACCAUUGAGGACAUGAUCAUAUAUGAGGAGAACGAUAACAAAUUUAGUGAUUCAAAGUAUAUAUCUGGAAGUCGUACUUUGUUGCGCCUACAUAGAGCUUUAUUGUUUAUUGCCUUAUUUCUGGAAGAGCUAUUCAAGCUGAAGUCAGAUGAUAAGCUUUCAGGAGCUUGUCAGAAAACAUACAGUGCCACAUUAGGCCAGUAUCAUCCCUGGAUUAUUCAAAAAGCUGCACUUAUGGCAAUGUAUGCUCUACCUACCAAAUUGGGUCUUUUGCAACGGAUUAAGGGGCCCAAUGAAACUGAAGAACACUAUGCUGAACUACUUCCUAAAGCUGUAGAUGCUAUGAAAAAAGUUUACGAUAAAACCCAAAAAUUAUACCAGGACCACAACAUACUUGAGCUGCCUUAAAGUUUUCAGGUGUUUCCAUACCAUAAGCAAGUAAUACCCAGCAAUUGUGUACGUUGACUUUUUCGAUUGUUUUUUUGUUGACUUGUUAAAAAUGCUUUGACUAGACCAAAGAAAAAAUAACAAUUCUGUCAACAACAAAGUAUGGGGGGGGGUGUUGGCUUGUGUUAAGUUAAGAUAAAAUGC